UUUCUCUUUGGGGCUCAGGCUUUAUCCCUCUUCCUUAGGCAAAACAAACAUCAAACAGCAAAAAGAGAGCAAGACAGUAAGAAGGAGGGAAAAAUAAAUGAAAAACAAAAAAAAAAUCAAUGGGAUGGAAAAGACACGAGACAGACAGUUGUCCAGCCCUCCCUCCCGCGUGACUGCGCCGAGCUCUCACCAUAUCUGGUUGGUGCGCAGGGCGUGUCUAGCCUCCCAUCUUCUCUGGACCCGCACAGCCUCCCGGGACAAGGGUCAGCUGGGUGGCAUUUGCAAAGGCAUCGUCCCACCUGGAGGGAGAGCUCACAGCAGCAUCUUGGGGUGGGGGAUCUGGCAGAAGUGACAGGGGAAGGGGAGGGAGGCAGCCAGCAUCCAGGUGGAGGCUGUGCAGUGCUGGGCGGGAUUGUUGUGUCCCUGCAGCCCAGAGAGGGUGCAAUUAGGGGAGAAGCUGAGGCUCCAGGAACAAAGGAACAAGCAGAGUGGGAAAGUAGGAAGUCAGAGCAGGAAGACAGCAGAGCCGUGCGUGUGGCGGGCCUGCCGGGAACCGGGUAUAAAUGCAGCUCGGGGUGGAGGCCCAGACCUCACCAGCACCUCCUGCCAGCCACAGCCACCUCCUCUCCCUCGUCCGCCAUGUGCCACACCAGCUGUUCCCCGUGCUGCCAGCCGGCCUGCUGCGGGUCCAGCCCCUGCCAGGCUGCCUGCUGCGUGCCCGUGAGCUGCAAGCCUGUCCUGUGCCUGACCCCAUCGUGCCAGUCCUCGGGGUGCUGCCAGCCGUCGUGCCAGGCCUCCGUGUGUGUGCCCGUAUGCUGCAGGCCAGCCGCGUGCGUGGUGCCCUCCUGCCAGUCCUCGGGGUGCUGCCAGCCCUCUUGCCCCGCCCUCCUCUGCAACCCUGUCUGCUGUGGCACCUCCUCCUCCUGCUGCUGCUGACCUCCUCCUGCUGCGGCUGCUGAACUCCCAUCUCCGUGUCCACUCUCCGGGACAUGGGACAGGGGACCGCCACUAUGUACCUCCCGGGCCCAUGUGGUCCCGCAUUGUGGCAGACAGGAAUCCUACUGGACUGAGCUGCUGGACUCUGAGCUAGAACCCAGCAAGGGGCUCCAGAGCCUCCCUUUCCCUCUCCCAACGCAAAGGAUGCUCCUCUCCUUAGUAUCCGACCACUGCCCCAUGGGAGCCAAAUAAAUCCACUUUGCCAGUGCC